AAACUGGAUUUUAAAAUGAUUGCAAGUUGGUGAUGGACCAGAGUUACAGAAUGCAAUCUCAGAUAAAAGUCUUCAAAAGAAUUUGCUUCAAAUAACAGAGGAAAGAAAAUUGAUUUACCAACUUAAAAUCCUAAUGCACAAUUAGGAUUUUACAUGAUAGGAAGUUAUAACUGGAGAAAUUUAUUUGGCUUUUGUUGCACUUGAAUGAAAGGAAUUGUCAUUUUUUUCCAAAGAACUUGUAUAUAUGAGAUUAUUUUAAUGACCAUUCAUUUUAUAAAAAUCUUGUUAUGAUCACCAGAGUAGAGAAAAAGAGCAAUAGGUGAAACCUGUGUGUUGGUCAAGAUGACUUCUAAAGAAAUGGCAGCUUCUGUUCUCAUGUCUGUGUCUCAGAGAAAAGUGGUGUCUGCUCAGUCAGCUGCAGAUGAAAGUAGUGAAAAGGGCUCAGACGUCAGGGUUCUGAAGGCACACACUACCAGUCAGAGUGGACAGACUUCUCACACCAUCUCAUGCCUGAACAAACUUAAAAAGGAAUCUUCUGGAAGCUCCUUGCCCCAGAUUCUCUCAAUAACAAGGGAGGAAAUAAUGAGCGAUGAGAACAGUAAUGAAAAGUGUUGGGAGAAAAGCAUGCCAGAUUCUGUGAAAAACCUUAACAUUAACUGCAACAACAUGUUGAAAAACCAUCAGCAUGGCCUUUCUCAGAGCCAGUUUUACAAAACGUGCAACUCUGUUGCAGAGGAAGGCCUGUGCUUAGAAACUGGAAUUCCUUCUCCCCUGGAAAGAAAGGUGUUCCCUGGAAUUCAGCUGGAAAUAGGUGGACCUCCCAUGGGCAUCAGUCCUUUAGGAAAUCAAUCGGGAAUCAUGGAGACCAGCAGAGCACACUCGGACAGCAACAUGGCUGUAUUUCAUUUUCAUUAUGAAGUUGACAGAAGAAUGUCAGACACUUUAUGUACCCUAUCGGAUAACUUAAUUUUGGAUGAUUGUGGAAAUUGUGUACCACUGCCUAGUGUUGGAGAGGAGCAGAAGAAAAAUUACAUGGCAUAUACUUGUAGGUUGGUGGAAUUGGCAAAAAAUUGUGAUAAUAAGAAUGGGCAUUUGCAGUGUGAUCACUGUGACAUCUUAAAUGAUAAAUACUUGUGCUUUGAAGGUUCUUGCCAGAAGGUUAACAUGGUAUGUUCAAAUGAUAGCUUUUGCAGGGAAGAUUCUACUGACAGUCCACCUGCUAAAACUUUUCUGAGCCAUUUUGAGGAUUUCCCUGAUAAUUGUGAAGAUGGAGAAGAAGAUUUCUUUAAAAGCAAGAAGGAGCGGUCUACUCUGUUAGUCAGAAGAUUUUGUAAAAAUGACAAGGAAGUUAAGAAAUCUGUGUAUACUGGGACAAGGGCAAUUGUGAGAACACUACCUUCUGGCCACAUUGGGCUGGGUGCUUGGAGUUACAUUGUUCAGAAGAGAAAUGGUCUCUUAUUGCCUUGUGGGAGAAUAAUGGAACAUCUGUCAACAGCAGCAAUUAGGCAAGAUGGGAGUUGUUCCCUAUCAGAAGUCCAAUGGCAUCUGCUUUACAAUCCAGUGAGAAGAGGAGAAGAAAUAGAAGAUACAGUUGGCUCUCUUCUCCAUUUCUUCAGAAAGCUCCCAGCCUCUGAAACAGCCCAUGGAAGGAUUAGUGUUGGUCCAUGCUUAAUGCAAUGUGUCCAAGACACCGUAUGUGAGUAUCGUGCCACCCUCCAAAGGACUUCCAUAUCUCAGUACAUCACUGGGUCUCUCCUAGAAGCAACCACAUCUUUAGGAGCAAGAAGUGGCCUUCUCAGUACUUUUGGAGGAUCCACUGGACGAAUGAUGCUGAAAGAGCGCCAACCAGGCAUUUCCAUGGCCAAUUCCAAUGCCCUUCCUUCAAGUACAGCUGGGAUCAGCAAAGAACUGAUUGAUCUGCAACCCCUUAUCCAGUUCCCAGAGGAAGUUGCCAGCAUUCUGAUGGAGCAGGAGCAGAAUAUUUACCGAAAGGUCUUGCCAGUGGACUAUCUUUGCUUCUUAACCCGAGGCUUGGGCACUUCUGAAAGCCAGAGGUCCCUACCCUGCCUCAAAGCAUCCAUCUCAGCAUCGAUUCUCACAUCCCAGAAUGGAGAGCACAAUGCCCUUGAAGAUCUUGUGAUGAGGUUUAAUGAGGUGAGCUCCUGGGUAACAUGGCUGAUCCUCGCUGCAGGCUCCAUGGAGGAGAAGCGGGAAGUCUUCUCAUAUUUGGUGCAUGUGGCCAAAUGCUGCUGGAACAUGGGCAACUACAAUGCUGUCAUGGAGUUCUUGGCUGGCCUCAGGUCAAGAAAAGUCCUGAAAAUGUGGCAGUUUAUGGACCAGUCUGACAUUGAGACCAUGAGGAGCCUGAAAGAUGCAAUGGCUCAGCACGAAUCCUCCUGCGAGUACAGGAAGGUGGUGACGCGGGCGCUGCACAUCCCCGGCUGCAAGGUGGUUCCGUUCUGUGGAGUGUUUCUGAAGGAGCUCUGCGAAGUCCUUGAUGGAUCUUCUGGCCUCAUGAAGCUUUGCCCACGGUACAACUCCCAAGAAGAAACUUUAGAGUUUGUUGCAGAUUACAGUGGACAAGAUAAUUUCCUACAACGCGUGGGACAAAAUGGCUUAAAGAAUUCGGAGAAGGAGUCCACCGUCAACAGCAUCUUUCAGAUCAUCAGGAGCUGCAGUCGAAGCCUGGAGACUGAGGAGGAGGGCAGCCCCAGUGAAGGGAACAGCUCUAGGAAAAAUUCCUUGAAGGAUAAAACGCGGUGGCAAUUUAUAAUUGGAGACUUGUUGGAUUCAGAAAAUGACAUCUUUGAACAGUCCAAAGAAUGGGACCCAUAUGGAGCAGAAGAGCCCCAGAAGGCCUUUGAUCAUGGCACGGAGCUCAUCCCCUGGUACGUGCUAUCCAUCCAAGCUGAUGUGCAUCAGUUCCUGCUGCAAGGAGCCACGGUCAUCCACUAUGACCAGGACACCCACCUCUCUGCCCGCUGCUUCCUCCAGCUUCAGCCUGACAAUAGCACCUUGACCUGGAUAAAGCCCACUACUGCCUACCCAGCCAGCGCUAAAGCCAAACUUGGGGUACUGAGUAACACAGCCGAACCUGGCAAAUUCCCAUUACUAGGCAAUGCUGGAGUAAGCGGACUGGCGGAGGGGGUCUUGGAUUUGUUUUCUGCAAAGGCUGUGUACAUGGGACACCCUGGCAUUGAUAUACACACUGUGUGUGUUCAGAACAAACUGGGUAGCAUGUUUCUCUCAGAGACUGGUGUGACGCUGCUAUAUGGGCUUCAGACCACAGACAAUAGAUUACUGCACUUUGUGGCACCAAAGCACACGGCCAAAAUGCUCUUCAGUGGAUUGUUGGCACUCACUAGAGCCGUGAGAAAGAUGAGGAGUUUCCCUGACCAGAGACAGCAGUGGCUGCGGAAGCAGUACGUCAGCCUCUAUCAGGAGGAUGGACGUUAUGAAGGCCCAACUUUGGCUCAUGCUGUGGAGUUAUUUGGAGGCAGACGAUGGAGUACUCGAAACCCCAGCCCUGGGACAUCGGCCAAGAGUGCUGAGAAGCCCAAUAUGCAGAGAAACAACACCCUGGGCAUAAGCACCACCAAGAAAAAGAAGAAAAUUCUCAUGAGGGGUGAGAGUGGAGAGGCAACUGACGAUGAGAUGGUGACCCGAAAGGCCAAAACAUACAAAGAGUGUCGAAGCCGGAGUGGUUCUGAUCCUCAAGAUGUUAAUGAACAAGAAGAAUCAGAGGCAAAUACCAUAACCAGCCCUCCUAAUCCUCUCCCUUCCAGAAGAGCCCACUCUUUGACCACAGCUGGGACCCCUAACUUGGCUGCCGGGACAUCAUCCCCCAUCAGGCCAGUGUCCUCCCCUGUGCUGUCUUCUUCAAACAAGAGCCUGUCCAGUGCUUGGAGCAGCAGCAGCUGGCAUGGACGGAUCAAAGGAGGAAUGCAAGGCUUCCAAAACUUCAUGGUUUCAGACAGUAACAUGAGUUUUGUUGAAUUUGUUGAGCUGUUUAAAUCAUUCAGUGUAAGAAGCCGAAAAGACCUGAAGGAUCUCUUUGAUGUCUACGCAGUACCCUGCAACCGACUAGGCUCUGAGUCUGCCCCACUCUAUACCAACCUGACAAUUGACGAAAACACCAGUGGUCUUCAGCCUGACCUAGAUUUGUUGACCAGAAAUGUUUCAGAUUUGGGGUUAUUCAUUAAAAGUAAACAGCAACUCUCAGACAACCAGCGGCAGAUAUCUGAUGCCAUCGCGGCUGCCAGUAUUGUGACAAAUGGCACUGGCAUUGAGAGCACAUCCCUGGGCAUAUUUGGAGUUGGCAUACUCCAGCUGAAUGACUUCCUAGUGAAUUGCCAAGGAGAACACUGCACUUAUGACGAAAUCCUCAGCAUCAUUCAGAAGUUUGAGCCUAGCGUUAGUAUGUGUCACCAAGGCCUAAUGUCAUUUGAGGGAUUUGCAAGGUUCCUGAUGGAUAAAGAUAAUUUUGCCUCAAAAAAUGAUGAGUCCCAGGAGAACAUUCGAGAUUUGCAGCUACCCCUCUCCUACUACUACAUUGAAUCUUCACACAAUACCUACCUCACAGGCCAUCAGCUCAAAGGAGAAUCCUCAGUAGAACUCUACAGCCAGGUUCUCCUGCAAGGCUGUAGGAGUGUGGAGUUGGACUGCUGGGAUGGAGAUGAUGGAAUGCCAAUCAUUUAUCAUGGACAUACACUGACAACCAAGAUCCCCUUCAAGGAAGUGGUUGAAGCCAUCGAUCGCAACGCCUUCAUCAACUCUGACCUGCCCGUCAUCAUAUCGAUCGAGAACCACUGUUCUUUGCCUCAACAACGAAAAAUGGCAGAAAUUUUCAAGACUGUGUUUGGAGAAAAGCUGGUGGCAAAAUUCCUGUUUGAGAGUGAUUUCUCCGAUGAGCCGAUGCUUCCCUCACCUGACCAACUAAGGAGGAAAGUGCUCCUCAAAAACAAGAAGCUAAAAGCCCACCAGACACCAGUGGAUAUUUUAAAGCAAAAGGCUCAUCAGUUAGCGUCCAUGCAAGCUCAAGCUUGUAAUGGUGGGAAUCCCAACGCCCCACCUGCUAAUAAUGAGGAAGAGGAAGAUGAAGAGGAUGAAUAUGAUUACGACUAUGAAUCCCUCUCUGACGACAACAUUCUGGAAGACAGACCUGAAAAUAAAUCAUGUAAUGACAAGCUUCAGUUUGAGUAUAAUGAAGAAAUCUCCAAGAGGAUAAAGAAAGCAGAUAACUCUGCUUUGAACAAAGGAAAGGUUUAUGACAUGGAAUUGGGUGAAGAAUUUUAUCUUCCUCAGAAUAAGAAGGAAAGCAGACAGAUUGAACCGGAGCUUUCUGACCUCAUCAUCUAUUGCCAAGCAGUGAAAUUUCCAGGCUUGUCAACUCUAAAUGCAUCUGGCUCUAGCAGAGGAAAAGAAAGGAAAAGCAGGAAGUCCAUUUUUGGCAACAAUCCGGGCAGAAUGAGCCCAGGGGAGACAGCAUCCUUUAACAAAACAUCUGGAAAAAGUUCCUUCGAAGGAAUGCGGCAGGCCUGGGAAGAAUCUUCUUCCCCGCUCAACCCAACUACGUCCCUUAGUGCAAUCAUUAGAACUCCCAAAUGUUAUCAUAUCUCAUCGCUGAAUGAAAAUGCUGCCAAGCGUCUGUGUCGCAGGUAUUCUCAGAAACUGAUCCAGCAUACCAGCUGCCAGCUGCUGAGGACCUACCCCGCUGCCACCCGCAUCGACUCUUCCAACCCCAACCCCCUCAUGUUCUGGCUCCACGGGAUCCAGCUUGUUGCACUCAACUACCAAACAGACGACCUUCCUUUACAUUUAAAUGCUGCCAUGUUUGAGGCCAACGGUAGCUGUGGUUAUGUGUUGAAACCUCCAGUUCUAUGGGACAAGAACUGUCCCAUGUAUCAGAAGUUUUCUCCAUUGGAACGAGAACUGGAAAACAUGGAGCCUGCCAUCUAUUCUUUAACUAUUGUCUCUGGUCAAAAUGUGUGUCCUAGCAACAGCAUGGGAAGCCCUUGUAUUGAAGUUGAUGUCCUGGGCAUGCCCCUGGACAGCUGCCAUUUCCGCACGAAGCCCAUCCACCGCAACACUCUGAACCCCAUGUGGAAUGAGCAGUUCCUCUUCCGGGUUCACUUCGAAGAGCUUGUCUUUCUUCGUUUUGCAGUCGUGGAAAACAACAGUUCGGCAGUAACUGCUCAGAGAAUCAUUCCACUGAAGGCUUUAAAACGAGGAUAUCGACAUCUUCAGCUGCGAAACCUCCACAAUGAAGUCUUGGAAAUCUCCAGUUUAUUCAUAAACAGCAGAAGGAUGGAAGAAAAUUCCUCUGGCAGUACCACACCAGCCUCUUUGAUGUUUAAUACAGAAGAAAGAAAAUGUUUGCAGACACACAGAGUCACAGUGCACGGGGUCCCAGGUCCAGAGCCCUUUACCAUUUUCACUAUAAAUGGAGGCACCAAAGCAAAGCAGCUUCUCCACCAAAUUUGGACGACUGAGCAAGGCCCCAAACCUAUGACUACAGACUAUUUUUUGAUGGAAGAAAAGUAUUUUAUAUCUAAAGAAAAGAAUGAAUGCAGGAAACAGCCGUUCCAGAGAGUUAUUGGUCCUGAAGAAGAGAUCAUGCAGAUUUUAAGCAGCUGGUUUCCAGAAGAGGGAUACGUCGGCAGGAUUGUCUUAAAAACCCAGCAGGAAAACCAAGAAGAGAAGAGCAUUGUUCAAGAUGACAGAGAGGUGACCUUUAGCUCUGAGGAGGAGAGUUUCUUUGUCCAAGUGCAUGAUGUCUCUCCAGAACAACCUCGAACUGUCAUCAAAGCGCCCCGGGUCAGUACCGCACAGGAUGUCAUUCAGCAGACCCUAUGCAAAGCCAAAUAUUCCUACAGCAUUCUGAGCAACCCCAACCCGAGUGACUAUGUGCUCAUGGAAGAGGUGGUGAAAGAUCCUACCAGCAAGAAGUCGUCUACCCCAAAGUCCUCCCAGAGGGUUCUUUCGGAUCAGGAGUGUGUAUUCCAAGCCCAAAGCAAGUGGAAAGGUGCUGGAAAAUUCAUCCUUAAGCUAAAGGAGCAAGUUCAGUCAUCCCGAGAAGAUAAAAGAAAAGGCAUUUCUUUUGCAAGUGAACUCAAGAAGCUCACAAAGUCAACAAAACAGCCCCGCGGACUCAUAUCACCUUCUUCUCAGCUCUCGGUCUCAGAAAGUGUCCAGAUCAAAGAGGAGAAACCUGUGGGCAGUUUGUCCUCAAGCGACGUGGUGGACUAUCGGCAGUGACCAAGGGCAGCGUGCGUCACCCAGGUGAAGAUCUUUUGAUGACAAGUUAAAGAACGAACAUGGUGGAAACAAACUUAAUUUCCUUCUUUUCAUUAAACUGGAAACGAUGCUUUCUGAACUGAAGCUGUCUUCACAAAUG